UGUUGCGUUUGCGGAGAGUGUCGGCGGCGCAGCUGGAGGAUGGCGGACGGCCGCGAAACGGAGAAGGUCCGGCUGCAUUCUCCUCCGUUAGGGGAACUGUGCGACGUGUUGCAAACGGGACUGAAGAACAAUUUCGCUGAGGUUCAAGUCAGUGUGGUGGAGUGUCCAGAUCUCACUCAAGAGCCAUUCCGGUUUCCUGUCACAGGCCUGUGUGGGAAGCCUCGCAUUACUGAUGUUGGCGGGGUACCUUAUUUGGUACCACUGGUACAAAGACACAAGGAGUACAAUAUGAACAGUGUGUCAAAGGAAGUGGAACUGCCGGGAGCGUUCCUUCUUGGUGCAGGAGCUGUAGCCUCCAGAAUUGUUGGAAUGAAUGCUGAGUUGAUGCCUCUGGUUUUGACUGAAGCAGAGGGAAGGCCGGCGGUGAACGGCAGUUACUGGUCCUCCAUCAACCCGGCUGACGGCCAGUGUCUGCAGGAGAAGUAUAGUGACAAAUUCUCUGACUGCAACUUCGGAUUGUUGGCCAAUCUUUACGCUUGUGAAGGGAAACCCGGACAAGUCAUAGAGGUGCGGGCCAAAAGGAGAACAGGAGCCGAGAGCCUUGUGGGGGCCUUGAGAAAGACCCUCGAAGCCCACUACCCGGAUAAAAGCUUGGCCCUGGGGGGCACCUUUGUUAUCCAGAAGGGCAAAGCUAAAAUCCACAUCAUGCCGAGAGAGUUCCCGGUCUGUCCUCUCCACACCAACGACGACGUCAACAGCUGGCUCAAGCACUUUGAGGUCAGCGCCCCGCUCAUCUGCCAGUCGGUGCUGGUGUCCAGAGACCCUGGCUUGGACCUGCGCGUGGAGCACACCCACUGCUUCAGCCACCACGGAGAAGGCGGCCACUACUACAUAGACACCACUCCUGACACCGUGGAGUACCUGGGCUACUUCAUGCCCGCUGAAUUUGUCUAUCGCAUCGACCGGCCCCAGGAGACCCACGUCAUCGGACGGGAGUGAAAAAAGACGAGCGUACUCCCGCUGGCGACGAUAACCGUUAUUUUUGGGUUAUCCGAAUCGAUCCCGAAUACGUAGGUGAUUCAUAUUAGCAAUUAUGAAUGAACACGUGUGAACUGGAGGAUGAGCGUUUGUAUUCAUCCUUCCACAGAAGUGAUCUCAUGAUCAUCCUUAAAUUGCAAACAUGAAAUUAUUACACUUUGCUGUAUAAAAAAAAAAAAGCAUCUGACUUCUUUGAGGCCCAGUCUCAUCACAUAGUGGGAUAUCUUGUGAGUCUGUGCUGUUGGGUUGGUCUAACCGGCUGUAUCGCUGGCUGGAGCCCAGUAACCUGAGCAGUGGGAUCCUACUACUGUAAAACAUCCUUUUUUACGGGACAGUAAAAUGAUGAACAGAUGACGACGAUGAUGAUGUGUUGACUCGAGAUGCCAACAUACUUUCUGUGUGCCGCUAAACCAACACAGUGAGAUUUGUGCAAUUUUAGCGCGGUCGCGGGGAGAAACAUCGCCGUGGGACAUGUUUCAGUAGAAGUUUUACUAUGCAGAAAGAUGAGCCACACGGUUUCUAUAAUAAACUUUAACAUGAGGGGGGAAAAAAGUGUUGGGAGUUUUUUACACAGGUUACUGGUGUCGAGGGUUUUAAGGACAACAUGUUUUUCCUCGGGGUCUUCAAGGGGUAUCUGUUAGGGUUAAUUGUGCAUCUUUAAUUUUGCAGUUCUCCAUUUUGAUGUGGAGGGAGGACACCGGUGAUUAUUUCUGGCUAAUUAAUAGUUGGCUGCUUGGGGACAGAUUUGUCUUUGGAGGGCACGUGAGCCAAAAAGUCAAAGUGUGAUCCCUCACACAAGUACAUGUUACUGCGUUUUCUCCCCCCCCUCCCCUCUUUUUCUGCGUUUUGUCCCCCCCCUCCCCUCUUUUUCUCCCCCAAUUACCCUGUUUUCCGAGCCGUCCCGGUCGCUGCUGCACCCCCUUUGCCGAUCCGGGGACCGCUGCAGACUACCACAUGCCUCCUCCCAUACAUGUGGAGUCGCCAGCUGCUUCCUUUCACCUGACAGUGAGGAGUUUCACCAGGGGCCUCCCAGUCCCCCCCCCCCACGAACAGGCGCCCCGACCAACCAGAGGAGGCGCUAGUCCAGCAACCAGGACACAUACCCACAUCCGGCUUCCCGCCCGCAGACACAACCACUUGUGUCUGUAGGGACACCCUACCAAGCUAGGGGUAACAUGGGGAUUCGAACCAGCGAUCCCCGUGUUGCUAGGCGACGGAAUAGACUGCCACGCCACCCGGACGCCCCGUGUUACUGCGUUUUUGAUUGCAAGUUAUUGUUUAGAUAACCGCGCUAUGCAUCAGUCUGCAAUCAAUCUCCAUGUCACUACUUAAUGGGUUGUAAAUGAUGGUGAUCCUUAAAUUAUCCUGACCGAGCCACACGCCAUCCUCCAAACUGUUGCACCCCGACACUAGGAUGAAAGCCUUUAGAAACAAACACCAUAUUUGGCUGUUGGGUAUUAGAUUUGAACCUUAACGUUAGCCAUUCUUAAGAAAAGGUCAAGCCAAUAAACGGCUGCCCAAACUAUUAAAAUCUCUGCACCUUAUAAUUAAUUAUGUGUUGGGGGGUCUCUCAGAGAGCCAGGGAGACUCGGCGCCAUCGUCUGUAGCACGGGUUCUUCUAGAUGCUUCAGCGCUCCAUCUCUGGGACUGCAGGGCUUCCGGGCGCUGGGACUUGGGUCUGAAGUUCAGUCCAUAACGACGGCCACCCGCACUGCUGCUGUGCUGUGGUGAGCGGUCCUGCUCUUUACCAGCAAGGACCACCGUUUCCAUCAGGCGACAGAUUGGGAGCCCCCCUCCUCCUCUCAGGUUGCCUGGAAUGUGAGGGUUUGAUGUUUUUUGAGGAUAUUGAGGCGGUGUUCUUAUCCAGAGUAACGCACGACAUGCACAAGUUGACGACAGUGGUUUGUACCGUGGACACUCGGUCAAGGUCGUAGUCUCCCGAGAGGUUUUCUGGAUAGGAGGUGACAUCGGUCGCGGCUGAAAGUUG